CGUCCGGUUCUCUGAGUUCCUCUUUGGAUUCUAACCUCAUGAAGUGCUCCGGCUCUCGCCCGUUCCCCCUACGGGUGCUGAACCUGUGCCACUCGGAUCGGGACGCCCACCCCGCCUCGCCCGAGACCGCCACCAGCACCCCCCUCCAGCUCCUCACCCCCGCCAUUGUGAAGGAACGCUCGGAGAACCUCACAGAGAAGGUCACGCAGGUGCUGUCCUUAGGAGAGGAUGUCCUGCCAGAGUAUAAGCUGCAAACGGCCGAGACGCACCGCUGGAUCAUGCUCCACUACAGCCCCUUCAAGGCCGUGUGGGACUGGGUCAUCCUCAUCCUGGUCCUCUACACGGCCGUCUUCACGCCCUACUCCGCCGCCUUCCUGCUGGACGAGCGCGAGGUGGGGGGAGGCCACUGCGGCUACGCGUGCAACCCGCUGAACGUGGCCGACGUCGUCGUGGACGUGCUCUUCAUCGUGGACAUCGUCAUCAACCUGCGGACCACCUACGUGGACCGCGGCGACGAGGUGGUCACGGAGCCGAGGCGCAUCGCCGCGAACUACCUGAAGGGCUGGUUCCUCCUAGACCUGGUGGCGGCCAUCCCCUUCGACCUGCUGGUGUUCAGGUCGGGGUCAGAUGAGACAACAACCACUCUGAUUGGUCUGCUGAAGACGGCUCGUCUGCUGCGCUUGGUCCGCGUGGCGCGUAAGCUGGACCGCUACUCGGAGUACGGAGCGGCAGUCCUCUUCCUGCUCAUGUGCACGUUCGUGCUGAUCGCCCACUGGCUGGCCUGCAUCUGGUACGCCAUCGGCUACGUGGAGCGGCCCUACACGACCAUCGGCUGGCUGGACAACCUGGCCGUCCAGCUGGGGAAGAACUACAACCACAGCGACCCCGACUCGGGCCCCUCCAUCAAGGACAAGUACGUGUCGGCGCUCUACUUCACCUUCAGCAGCCUCACCAGCGUGGGCUUCGGGAACGUCUCGCCCAACACCAACGCCGAGAAGAUCUUCUCCAUCUGCGUCAUGCUCAUCGGCUCUCUGAUGUACGCCAGCAUCUUUGGGAACGUGUCGGCCAUCAUCCAGCGCCUCUACUCCGGCAUGACACGCUACCACACCCAGAUGCUGCGGGUCAAAGAGUUCAUCCGCUUCCACCAGGUGCCCGGCUGCCUGCAGCAGAGGAUGGAGGAGUACUUCCAACACGCAUGGACCUACACCAACGGGAUCGACAUGAACGCGGUCCUGAAAGGCUUCCCUGAGUGUCUGCAGGCGGACAUCUGUCUGCACCUGAACCGCUCCCUGCUGCAGAACUGCAAGGCGUUCCGCAGCGCCAACAAGGCGUGCCUGCGAGCCCUAGCCACGCGCUUCAAGACCAUACACUCGCCGCCCGGCGACACACUCUAUCACCACGGCGACGUGCUCGUCUCCCUCUACUUCAUCGCCCGCGGCUCCAUCCAGGUGUCGCGCCCCGGCAAGGUGCUCGCCGUGCUGGGUGAGAGACCGUGCUCUUCAUCAUUGACAUCAUCGUCCUCGUUUUUUAACGUCACACUCACGUUUAUUGUCAUUAGUCAGCAUAAUUAGUCACUGUAAUUAUUAUUUAGUACUUUCAAUUAUUAUUUUAA